UUUAUUAAUAUAAUAAGUAUGUGAUAAAAUUAUUUAAUUAUUUAUGAUUUUUUUUUUUAAAAAAAAAGGGCAGAUACGCAUAAAGUGAAGGUUUGAAGGAUAUGGGAAAAGAUAUAGGAGUAUAUAAAUAUAUUUAAAUUUUAGGCCGGGCGCCCACUAGAGCAACGUCGCACGUGACAUCGCAUGUGGCGUGGCAAGUAGCGUAAUAGUAACGUGGCAGUGGCAUAACACGACGCACACCAAAAUAGCUUUGGCAACAAGAUAACAGUUUUUAUUUUCAAUACAUAAUUAAUAGAUUGGCUUAGUCGACAUUGUUAAGUUACCAACUCCGGUUGAGUUGCAUUCAAAAUGUCUACCUCAUCAGAUGAUGAUACUACUUUGGAGCUAAUAAAUUUAAUAAAUAUGAAUUAUUAUAAUAAUAAUCAUUCUAAUAAUCGUCAAAAGGGAAAAACAACAUGGUGCUUUUAAUAUAUUCAAAGAACUACAUUUUUACUCAGAGAGGUUUCAGUCAUUUUAUAGAAUGAACCCCAACACCUUCAACUUAUUACUUGAAAAAGUGGGACCGUCAAUUAAAAAAUUAGACACAAAAUUCAGGGAUUCAGUUCCACCUGAAGAACGAAUUUUAAUCACUUUGAGAUAUUUUGCAACUGGUGGUUCUUUUAAGGCUCUAUCAUUCUACUUUCUUCGAGGUUAUACUAAAAUAAGAAAAAUUAUAUUUGAAACAUCACAAGCAGUUUAGGAAAAUUUGUAACCAGAAUAUAUGCCAAACCCAACAACAGAACACUGGUUAAAAGUUUCUGAUCGUUAUCGGAAAUUAUGGAACUUGCCUAACUGUAUAGGGAGCUUGGAUGGCAAGCAUAUAAAAAUCAAAGCCCUUCGAAUUCUGGUUCAUAAUUUUACAACUACAAAGGUUACUUUUCUAUAGUUUUAAUGGCUGUGUCGGACGCUGAUGGAUUAUUUUUAUCAAUUGACGUUGGUGAAUAUGAGAGAAAUAGCGAUGGCAGAGCAUUGAAGGAAAGCGCAUUCGGAAAAGCAUUAUUUGAUAAACAACUGAAACUUCCAAAACCAUCUCCUUUGCCAGGAGAAGAAAAAGUUUUCCUUUAUUAUUUUGUAGCAAACGAAGCUUUUCCUCUCACUAAUAAUAUUAUGAAACCAUAUCCUCGUAGACAACUCACAAAUGAAAGACGAAUAUAUAACUAUAGAAUUUCAAGAGGUCGAAAAUCAUUAGAAUGUUCUUUUGGUAUGCUUGCAUCAAAAUUUAGAGUUUUGGAAACACCAAUUCAUUGUAAUGUGGGAAGAAUUGAUAACAUCGUACAGGCUCUAUGUGUACUACAUAACUUCAUACGUAUUCACGAAGGAACAUAUUCAGAACCAGCUAUGGAGCAAGAUACAACAAAUUAUUUAAAUGAAGAUCAACCAAACCAAAGUCAAAGAAAUAAUCAAAGAUCAACAAACAAUACUAUAUAUUUAAGAAAUCGAUUAUGUAAUUUUUUUUUAAAGCCUGGUCAAAUUUUACCAUGGCAAGAAAAAUAUACCGUUUAA